AUGUUACAGGCAAUCAAAUACAGCAAGGGACAACUUGAGAUCCUUGAUCAACUACAACUUCCUUUCAUCGAAACAUUCAUUCCCAUUCGGUCAACAGAAGAUGGAUGGCAUGCUAUUAAGGACAUGAAAGUCCGCGGGGCACCGGCGAUCGCUAUCGUUGCAAUGCUUGCACUCGCCUCCGAGCUGACCUCGGCCGUCGAAUCUGGCAAGGUUGAUCGACCAGUGGAGGAAAUGUGUCAAUUCAUUUCCGACAAACUCGCAUACCUGGUGACGAGUAGACCAACCGCGGUCAACCUAAGUGAUGCUGCGCGCAAACUGGAGACACUAGUCCUGAAUCGCGCCAAAGUGCCGGGAUCUCUGGGAAUCGAAAUUGCGGAUACCUUCAUACAGGCGGCAGAAGCAAUGCUGGGAGAUGACUUGAAUGACAAUCAAAGGAUCGGGCACAACGGCGCGGAGUGGAUCGCGAAGUACGCCACCAAAUCCGGAAAUUCUCAAGUAGCCGUAUUGACUCACUGCAAUACCGGAUCCCUGGCCACUUCAGGGUAUGGUACAGCAUUGGGCGUGGUUCGUUCACUGGCGGCGAAGAACAUUCUACGACAUGCCUAUUGCACCGAGACUCGACCAUACAAUCAAGGAUCUCGCUUGACAGCCUUUGAAUUAGUGCACGAUAAGAUCCCAGCUACCCUCAUCACGGAUUCUAUGGCAGCCGCAUUGCUUGCGGACACUCAUGUGGGCGUGGGGGCUAUCGUUGUCGGAGCUGAUAGGGUGGCAGCGAACGGAGAUACGGCCAACAAGAUUGGCACGUAUGCUUUGGCUGUUUUGGCGAGGCACCAUGGCGUCAAGUUUUUGGUUGCUGCACCGCGUACCACUAUUGACCUAGCCACGAAAUCAGGACAGGAUAUUAUCAUUGAGCAAAGACCAGCAUCCGAGGUCACCAGUAUCAAGGGGCCUCGUGCGGGCACUGGGGGCACCGACGGUGUUUCCAUCGAGACCGUACACAUUGCGGCACCCGGGAUCAAUGUCUGGAACCCUGCGUUUGACAUCACCCCUUCGGCUCUCAUUGAUGGAAUUGUCACAGAGAUCGGCGUGGUAGAGAAGGGACCCGAUGGGGAGUAUCAUUUGGAUGGGCUGUUUGACGAUUCAACGCGCUGA